UGACGUCAUGCCUGUGAGAAGCGUCAGUGUGGUGAUGCGCGCAAGGUGACGGAGUGCCGGGCAGCAUGGAGGAGGAGGACGGCGGCUCGGAGGAGUCAGUGCUGAUGAAACAGCACCGCAAGGAGAAGAAGGAGCUGCAGGCCAAGAUUCAGAGCAUGAAGAACUCUGUGCCCAAGAAUGACAAAAAGAAAAGAAAGCAGCUGACGGAAGACGUCGCCAAGAUGGAAUCGGAACUGGAGGAGCGGCACAAGCAGGAGCUCGCAGAGGUGUCGCAGAAGCAGUGCGCCGAGGUGAGCAGCAUUGAUAAUGGAGUCACCAGUUUAGAUAUUGGAAACGAAGUCCCCAUUCAGCAGACACGCAUGACUAAAGCACAGAAGAGGAGGGAGAAAAAGGCCACCCUAGAAAAGGAGAGGGAUGAGCGCAUUGCGGAGGCUGAAAUAGAGAACCUGAGUGGAGCCCGGCACCUGGAAAGUCAGAAACUCGCCCAGAUUUUGUCUCAGAGACAGCUGCAGAUCAAACAGAUCCCAUCAGACGGCCACUGCAUGUACAGAGCCAUUGAACACCAGCUGAAGGAACACAACGAUAACGUCACCCUGACAAGUCUCAGACGCCAAACUGCAGACUACAUGCAGAGUCACACCGACGACUUCCUCCCAUUUUUAACAAAUUCAGCCACAGGGGAAAUGUACACUCCAGAUGAAUUUCAGAAGUAUUGCACUGAAGUGGCAAACACACCAGCUUGGGGAGGUCAGUUAGAGCUUCGGGCCCUGUCGCACAUACUGCAGACUCCUAUAGAGGUCAUCCAGGCAGACGCCUCGCCGAUUAUCAUCGGUGAAGAAUAUACAAACAAGCCGGUAACUAUUGUAUAUAUGCGCCAUGCUUAUGGACUGGGAGAGCAUUAUAACUCCGUAGAGCCCCUAAUGGUAGCUCCUGCAGACUAGUCUCCUCAACCACCAUAAUGAAACAUUUUUCCCAUGUUGAAGAACCUACCAUACUGUAUAUCUCCUAUAUACAGAAGAGGCACCAGUUGUGUGGUAUGAGAAGGCGGCCACGGCACCUCCUGAGUGUUAAGCAGAAAAAGAAUAUUAAUCAUGUAACAUAGAUUUCAUUGGUGCAGGAUUUGGGUGGUUGGCUCCUGACCACAGGAAUUAUGGAUUGAAAAACAUGCAGUUGUCAGACUGGCAUAAUGAACACACCGAUAUAAAAGAUGGCGUUCAUUCUACAAGACGAAGACGUCAAACUCCUCAGUCCACCAGUUUUAACAGUGAUGUGUUUACGAAGGACGCAAUUGAUAAUCUUGGUCGUCCCUAAAGAAUAAAUUAUUUUUUUUCUUCUA